AUGGGUCGCGAAGAACAAGUCGAAGAGCGCGAAGUGCUCGAGUCCAUCUUCCCAGAGGAGAUCACAGACAUUUCGGAGACCGAGUACAGAAUAUCAAUUGUACUCGAUGUGAUUGGGGAUGACGAACCGCCUACUAUGCUUCUGCAAGUUCGCUAUCCAGAGGCCUACCCUGAUGAACCGCCCAUGCUCGAACUGCAGUCCACUCCCAAUGCUGCCCCGCACGAGUGGUUCAACGUCUCGCAAGACAAGGAGCGCCUCCUCAAAGGCCUGGAUGAGACGAUACAGGAGAACCUCGGAAUGGCCAUGGUAUUCACACUCGUCACGACUCUGAAAGAGGCCGCUGAGGCUCUCAUCGAGGAGCGCAAGCUGGCUAAGGAGAAGGAGCAUGAGGAGGCCCUCCUCGCCGCAGAGCGAGAGGAGAACAAGAAGUUCCAGGGCACACCCGUGACACCGGAGACAUUUCUCAAGUGGCGCGCUGAUUUCCUUAAGGAGAUGGAGGAGUUGCGACAGAAGGAGGAGGAGGAGCGCCUCGCGGAAUUGAAGAAGGCAAAGAUCAAGGAGCCCGUAAAAUUGACAGGAAAGCAACUUUGGGAGCGUGGCCUGGCUGGUAAGGCUGAUGCCGAGGAUGAUGAAGAUGGUGGAGUGAUUGAAGGUGUUGAAAAGCUCAAGGUUGAGGCGGCGUAG